AUGGAUGAGCCAGAGGUUGAUGAGCGCUGUUCCGGUGAGACCAACGAUGUGGGCCACCUCGGAACUCGUAUUGGUGCUCUCUUUGUGAUUCUAGUCACGUCGGCUAUUUUCACUCUCUUCCCUAUUGUCACCAAGCGUGUUCCUCGCUUGGCCAUCCCAGGCCCCAUCUAUGACUUUGCCAAGUACUUUGGUAGCGGAGUCAUUAUUGCAACAGGUUUCGUCCAUCUUCUCGAGCCUGCGACGGAUGAGUUGAGUGCUCCAUGCUUGAACGACAACUUCCAAAACUAUCCUAUGGCCUAUGCUUUCUGUCUGAUCUCGAUGAUGUGCUUGUUUGUGGGUGAGUUCUUUGCGUACCGCUUCGGUACACUUCUUCUGGAAAAGAAAGGCAUUUCUCAACUUGGUGGUGCUCUACAUCACCAUGCUGCUGGUCAUACCGACGCGCAUCAACACCAAAACGAAACUGUUGUUUCUGAAGUUGAGCACGAAGACAAUGCUGUCCUGGACGAGCAAGACGUGAAGAAGCCUAUGUCGCCCACGGACGAAGAGCAUGGUCUGCUGAUGAUGAACAAGGCCAGCACUGGUACGACGGAGAUUGUGGGUGUGUUUGUUCUUGAGUUGGGUGUCGUUUUCCACUCAGUUAUUAUUGGCUUGACGCUGGCUACGACACCGUGGGAUGGUGAUGAGAAGUUCCCGGUUUUGUUCCCAGUCAUUGUGUUCCACCAGCUCUUUGAGGGUUUGGGUCUGGGAUCGCGUCUGGCAUUCUUGCCUCGCUCGUUGGGCACUUGGCUCCCAUGCUUGAUGGCUAUCGGCUACUCGCUGUGUACACCUGUGGGUAUGGCCAUUGGCCUGGGUGUUCGUUCGACAUACACACAAAACACGCCUACUGGUAACUAUGUGACGGGUAUUUUUGAUGCCAUCUCGGCUGGUAUUCUAAUUUACACUGGUCUCGUGGAGUUGCUUGCCCACGACUUUGUGUUUAACGAAAAGAUGCACAAGGCUCCCCUCUGGAAGGUGUUCCUGAACAUCGUUUAUGUAUGUGCUGGUAUUGCCAUUAUGGCCCUGCUUGGUCGCUGGGCUUGA